AUGAAGUUUGCAGAUCAUUUAACUGAAUCUGCAAUUCCUGAAUGGAAGGAUAAAUAUAUAGAUUAUAAAUUGGGUAAGAAAAAAUUAAAAUACCAUUAUGGCAAAUUUCCAAAGGAUCCUACAAGAAUAGUAUCAAAUGCUGAAUCGUCUGCAGUUCCAAUAAAUGACAAGACAACUAAACUCAAUGAAAAUGGCAAUUCUAUGAAAGAUUCUAUACUAAGUUCGUCAUAUAAUCACUAUUACUACCGUGAUUUUUCAAAUAAUAAGGGCAUUAAUGAUAACUAUACUUCAUUUCAAAAACAUGCAAUCAAAGAUUUUAUUGAGAUGUGGUUGAUUAGUCAAGAAUUGACAAAAUGUAACGACUUUUAUCAGUGGUUGUUAGAUGAAGCAAAGAAAAAAUUUUCCAUAUUACAAUCACAACUACAGAUCUAUAAUUUACAGAAACAAAUGUAUCAAAAUGAAUAUCUUAAUGCUAAUGAUAAUUCAAAUUUGAACUUGAAUAUCAUUAAUAGUAGUAGUGGUACUGGUGGUAGUAGUGGCUGUAAUAAUGUUGAGGAUAAAAAGAGUAAUGAUGACAUCCUCUCGUUUCGCCAUGUUUCUCUUGCAACUACGGUUUCAUCAUCUCCAAAUGAUCAGAUAUCUUUAAUUUUAUCUAAUAGUAAUAAUAAUAACAAUUGCCAAAAUGAACUAUAUGGAUCCAUUUCUAAUUGUAAAAGAAAAACAAAAAACGAAGAUUCUUUGGGUUUUAAAAUUAAAGAUUUUUUAAAACAAAAUAUGUUAUGGCCCUCGUGGCCAGAAAAAUCUAGUCAAUGGAGGGACCUUCUUACGUAUAGAAAUUCACAAUUAAAACGUUCAAGGGAUCAAACUAAUAUUCAGAGUGGUAUUCACACAGUAAAAGAGACCUUCGCAUAUGAUAACAUCAUUCAAAACUCUGAAAUUACUCUUAAACAAGCUCAAAAUUUGCUAGGUGAUGCUCUAUUAGAGUAUUAUCUUUAUCUGCAAAUGAUCAAGACAUUUCGCGACACCAAUGUAACAGGGUUUCGUAAAAUGGUUAAGAAAUUCGAUAAGACUUUACAAACAAAUGAAUUAGACAAAUUUAUGAAAUUUGCAAAGGACAAUUAUUCAAUUUUCAAACACGUCUCGAUUAAUAUUCAGUUAUUGGCCCAACAAAUGCAGCAAAAUACUUCAAAUCAGCCUAAUACAGACCUUACUGCUACAAAUCCAAAGGAUGAUCCAAUCUUAUGGUGGGAGACCAAAAUUAAACAAUGGUAUAUCAAUGAUCUCACAAAUUCUCCAUCAGAUGUUAAAAAGCAUUCAAAACUUUUAAAGAAAUUUAUUGUGGAAUAUACUCUAACUGAGCAGAUUAUUCAUAGAAAUAAUAGAUCCAUUAUUCAAAUGUCUACUGCUUGUUUGUUUUUAGGUAUUUCCGUGACUUUAUUUGUUUAUAUUCUAUCAUUGUCUUUUGCUUCUCCACAGACAUCGUAUGUUCACAAAAUUCUUUUCCCGCUCUGGGGUGGUUGGUUUAUGGUGUUACUUAUGUUAUUUUUAUUUCAAAUUGAUUGUUUCAUAUGGCAUAGAAAUGGUAUUAAUUAUAGAUUUAUUAUGCUAGGAGAAACUCGAACUAAAAAUGGAACCAAAUUGUUUAAUAAUGAUUUCGCUACAACUGGUGUUCCAUUACAAUUGUAUACCAUCAUGUUUUUUGUACUUUGGGGGUCUAUAUGUGCUGCCUUGAGUUAUAAAUAUGAAAGAUUGAUUCCAUGGUCAUAUGUUUGUUUAUGUGGAACAGUGUUAUUGUACAUUUUACCUAAGGAUGUGAUUCCAUAUUGGGAUAAAGUUGUCUCUACAAGAAAAUGGUUAUUUAUCAGGAUUAUUAGAUUGGUGUUGGCGCCAUUGUAUCCUGUUGAAUUCGGUGAUUUCUUCUUAGGUGAUAUAUUCUGUUCUCUGACAUAUUCUAUGUCCGAUAUUGCUAUGUUUUCUUGCCUGGUAGCAACAAAUGAAAAGGGUCUUUGUGGAUCAUCUCAUUCAAAAACUAUGGGUAUUUUAUCUUGUUUGCCCAGUUAUUGGAGACUACUUCAAUGUUUAAGAAGAUAUACAGACUCUGGUGAUAAAUUCCCACAUCUGUUUAAUGGGGCCAAGUAUAUAUGUGGUAUUGCCUAUAAUGCAUCUUUAUGUGCUUAUAGAAUGGCACAUCGUUCACCUGAGGCUCGUACUCCCUUUAUUGUAUGUGCAUUAAUUAAUGCUAUAUUCACUUCUACUUGGGAUAUAGUGUUUGAUUGGUCCCUACUUCAACCCUCUAAACAUAAUUUAUUUUUAAGAGAUGAUUUAUAUUUAGCUGGAAAGAAAAAUUGGAAAGAUGGAACAUAUGAUGGAAAGCGGAAGUUAGUUUAUUAUGUAGCUAUGGUAUGGAAUGUCAUGGUUAGAUUCCAAUGGAUAGUAUGGGCAAUAGCACCAUCUACCAUCCAGCAAAGUGCUGCUACAUCAUUUGUUAUUGCAUUUGUUGAAGUUCUUAGACGUUUCAUAUGGAUUAUCUUUCGUGUUGAAAAUGAACAUGUAGCAAACGUGCACUUAUUUAAAGUUAGUUCUGAUGCACCUUUACCAUAUCCUGUGAUAGUUAAUCCAGAUAUAGACAUUGAACUUGAUAAUUAUGUUUCUUCAGGUAAUCAUUCAAUUAAAAGUACAUUGUCUUCGCACAGAGAUCACUUAGACUCUGAUGUUUCAGAACUUUCCUCAGCGUAUCACCCAAUGAUAAGGAGAAAAGUUAGUAUGUUUGGUAGUUUUUCAAAGACUAUACCAUGGGCCCAUGCAACAGACUUUCAACGGCCUGUUAUUACCAUAUCAGAUGGUAAUGAUGAUAUGAGGGAAAGUGAUUCUGAUUCAUAG